UGGAGGCUCUGGCAAGUGGAGAGAAAGGGAUGAGAGAGUUAGUGCGAGAGAUUCGAAGCCUGUUAAAAAAUAAAACAAAGGCGGUGGGUCGUUAAGAGCAGGUUACAAAGCGCUCUAGCUAUCAGAAAUUUGAUAGCUUAUUGUAUAACUGCAGCAACAACCGAGCUGCUUUAGCAAAUGAACUCGGUCGGGCGAACGUGAUUGUCUUAGUCUAAAAUGAAGAACUGAGCACACGCGAGGGUGUGAUGGCAUUUACAUGGCUUUCUUCAACACCGGCAGCGUUCGAUGAUCCAGAACCGUAAUCGGCACUUGACAUUUGUAGCAGCAAUGGCAGAUUUACGCAGGAGAAAAUCGUUCAAGUUAAAUGUUGGGGCGGGGAGGGGAGGCCGGCCUACUGGUCUGUCUGUUACCCCCCACGGAGCAUGCUGCUAAAAUAAACAUCACACACCGGAAACGUCAAGUUGUUGCAGUUUUUGUUACUUUCCGCGUAUCAUUAAAAAAAAAUCGCUCGCUGAGAGACAAGCGUACGCGACAUCUCGGUGCGUUUAGUUUACUCCUUAUCCAUUCCGUACGGACGUACGGAGCAAAACACGAUGUGUCGUUCAGAUAAAAAAACUAAAAAAGAAGGCCGUUCAUCCGGGUACUUGUUCCGGAGGCGCAAAAAGGUCCGCCAUAUUGGGACUGUGUAUUUUGUUACUGCGUGCGACAGUGUUAGCCUAAGUGAACUAAGGGAAGUGCUCCGAUGUUCGAAGUGAUAUGACAUGAAGUUGACAAGGUUUGUGUCUCGCCGAAGAGUGUCUGCCGAUUGUGAAUCGACGUAGUCUAUGCGGAGAGAUGGGCUUUCGAUAGCUAUAAUGAGACGACGAUUGAAGCCAAAGUGAGGACUCGCUCGUGAGAGCGAUAUUUUGGCUGUCCGGCUGUUUCCAUUCCCGUCUUCGUGUCGACGACCGAGUGCAGACUCUGGUUCUGGAUGUGUGCUGGUCAACGUGGCUGAAGCGAAUGAAGAUGGAGCGCAGAAGUCGACGUGUGCCGUGCGAAACACUCAGGAUUAACCAUCUCUGGACUGUUUGUUUACUUGUGACGUCCUGCUUCGGUAUCGCCAUGGCCGUAAGCCCUGACCGGCCGCCACCCAGCCUGAUGCGGUGCGAGUACUACAACGAGACGUUGUGCCAGGGCUCGCCAGGUGCCGAUGGCCUGCCCCUUCCGGGCUGCAAUGGCUCCGAGGAGUGCCGGCCAGGGGAGAAUGAGAAGGGCAACCUCUGCUAUGUCCUCUGGCAGAACAACAGCGGCGUGCUCAGCGUCAAGCUCAAAGGUUGCUGGGUGGGAAACAACCAUGACUGCAGUAAGAGCCAGCAUUGUGCGGAGACGAAACGAGAGCCGAGUGUCCAGCUUCUUUUCUGCUGCUGCGAGGGCGACCUCUGCAACACUAACCUGAAGCCCUCUGCCGUGUACACUUCAAACUCACUUUCAUCGACGAAACUGUCCCCGCCUGUGCAACUGGCCCCUCGGGGCAGCUACCGGACCGAGACGGUGGUGGCCUACUGCCUGGUGCCCCUGGUGGCCCUGGCAGGGGCGCUGGUGGGGCUGUGCUGGCAGCAGCGGCGCAAGCAGCGGCAGGGUCACUUUGCCGAGGUGCCCACGGCUGAGCCCACCCCGCUGCCCUCGCCCGCCCUCGCACCCAAGGCCAUCCAGCUGAUGGAGGUCAAGGCGCAGGGCCGCUUCGGAGCCGUCUGGAAGGCCCGCUGGGGACUGCAAUUUGUCGCGGUCAAAAUCUUUCCACCCCAGGACAAGAGCUCAUGGAUGGUAGAGAAGGAGAUCUUCAAGAUGCCCCAGAUGAAGCACGAGAACCUGCUGGCAUUCCUCGGCUCCACGAAGCAUGGCGACCUGAAUCACACCGAGUACUGGCUGGUCACCGAGUACCACGAGAGAGGAUCACUCUCCGACCACCUCAAGGCUCACCUGGUGAGCUGGGGCGAGGUGCUGAAGAUAAGCGAGGGCAUCGCCCUGGGACUGGCCCACAUGCAUGGGGAGCGACCGGCCAACAAGCUGGAAGGCUACAAGCCCCCGCUGGCACACCGCGACUUCAAGAGCAAGAACGUGCUGCUCAAGGCUGACAUGACGGCCUGCAUCGCUGACUUCGGCCUCGCCCUGGGCUUCCCCAGCGGGGUGUCGCCAAGGCAGGCACACGGACAGGCCGCAGCGGCUCUUCUCGCACAGGUGGGCACCCGCCGUUACAUGGCCCCCGAGGUGCUGGAAGGCGCCAUCAGCUUCAACCAGGACCAGUUCCUGCGCAUCGACAUGUACGCCUGCGGCCUGGUCCUGUGGGAGCUCAUCUCGCGCUGCUCUGCCCAGGACGGUCCAGUGGAGGAGUACAUGCUCCCCUUUGAGGAAGAAGUGGGCCAGCACCCGUCCCUGGAGGACAUGCAGGAAGCCGUGGUGCACAAGAAGGUGCGACCACGCAUCCGAGACCACUGGAGGAAACACCAGGGCUUGGCGGUGAUUAUAGACACGAUAGAGGAGUGCUGGGACCACGACGCGGAGGCCCGGCUGUCGGCUUACUGCGUGGAAGAGAGGAUCUCGUGUCUCUACAAGACGGUUCCGCCCACUCCCACAGAUGUCCUGUCACUUCUGCCACCUGGGGACAACAAGGGCAUGGAUGACUUUUACGUGCCACUGAACAUCAAGAGCGCCUUAGAGACGGCCGGGCUCUUGUCACCGAAAGAGUCCAGCAUCUAAGGUGCCCUCGGCUGCCGACAAGCCUUCCUCUCUCCUACGCUGCCGCUGGGAGAGAGAGCAGAGAGUGUCGUCGUCUGCUUUCUUGGGGGCCGUGGCAGGCUGGCUUGGCUUGCCAACAGACAGUGCUCAGAUUUGACUGCAAUUGGCCACGCAAUCAAGAAACUAGUGUUUCAACGGACAGCCACGACAUGACCGGCCCACGCUGCUGGUCUUCUGGAUGAGCAAUGCCUUUCUGUGUGCGUGCGUGUGUGUGCGUGCGUGAGGGUGCUUGCAUGUGUGUGUCUGCAUACAAGUGUGCCUGUGUGGGUGUGUGGGCAGUUGUAAAAAAGAAAAAAAAAUUCCACGGGUGUCUUAACAUCUAGUCAAGCAGGCAGUGUGAGCAUGUUGGAUCAACAGAAAACACACACACAGACAAAAAAAGAAAAUCGCUAAAACGAAAACUGACGAAAAUUGAGGCAUAACAAAACAGGCCCUCCACAAUGAUGGCAGUGACUCUGAGGCUGCUGUCUCACUCUGUUGCUUGGUUGAGGAAAUGUCGUUCAAACAGGGAUGGGCCUCACUGCGUCAAGCAAAUGAGAGGCUCCUCCAAAAUCUCUCUCGCUUGUUCUGUUCUUUGUUUGUCAGUGUUUUAAAACGGGAGAGAGAUAUAUUAUAUAUAUACAUAUAUAUAUCUAUAUAUGUAUACAUCUAUGUACUUCAGAAGAUUCGCAGAAGCAGAUGUAUAUUUAAGCUCCCUUUGUUGGAGACCAGCGCCGAACACUCUUUGCUGCCUCCUUGCGGGAUGAAAGAGAAAUUUCGCCCUAGGUGGCUUCUAUUUACGUAGUGAAGCUUUCUUUUUUUUUUUUUUCCUCUGGACACGCAACUGUACAAAUACCUCUUGACUGCUUGCUUUUCUGUAGAGAAGCUGUAAACAGGGUAUUAAAAAAAAAAGAAAAUGGAGGUAUAGGAGUGGAGGGGGCCCAGGCAGUACUCCGCUGCAGUUAUAUUUCUUUUUUUCUCUAAGGAGAGUAAUUGUCAAAGCAACACAUUCAGCUACUCAAGAGCACAGCCUAGCGAUGCUUCAGUCCAUAAAUCGAGACACUUGGACUAGUCUUUCGGUCUGGAUUAUGCUAAAGGCUUGUAGGUUAGCUGCACAGCUGGCGUUCGUGCUCCAUAGGUGAGAAUCCGCAGCUGUCGUGCCAGAGUGUAGUGCAAAGCCUGUCACGUAUUCUCUAUUUUUUUCCCAACAUAUGUAUAUUAUAUACAUGGUGUAAACGGACAUGCCUGAGCUAGCAAACGCGUCCCCUGGGCUGUGUUUUGAAAUGAUUGCAUUAGGUAACGUAGUUUCUGGCAUCUGAUAGGAGUUUUCUUUUUUGAAGCUGUACUACAGUGUAUGGUGGCAGAAACUUGGUGAUCGAAAGACUUCGCUUUUGAGGGACAGUGAAGCAAAACACUGCAUCAGUUUGAAUUGGUUAUGCUGUUCUUUGAGAACUCUGCUUGCAUUUUUUUUUUUUCUUAUGCACGAAAAUGUGGAUUAUUUCUGGAGAAAACUAAUGCAAAACUUCGACAUCCGUGUUUCGUGGCCAAAUGCCAAUGCCCCAAAUUAUGUCCAUGUGACAUGGCGGUAUUUAUUAGGAAUUUUCAAGUAUUUCAUCCAUUUUCUUGCAGAAAAAUGUUUUCCGAAAGUGUGAAGUUGAGCCUUUGUUUACGUUUGAGCGUAGCGCAAUUCUUCGUUACUGAGAACCAGGUUGUCAGAUCAUCUCGGCCUUAGUGUCACGGCAAACGGGCAAAGCUGUCGUUAAAACGACUAGAAACUCUGUAAAUUUAGCAACUUUCUUGCUAAGUUGCUGCCACUGAUUCUCAUGCAUUGGCUCACAGAUGAGAUCGAUCAUUCAAUGGCUGUUUGUUUAGUGCAGUGUUCUGGCGGCAUUUCUUGAGCUAACAGUGAGGCCUGACGAAGUUGCCGUACCAGCAGAAAUGUGGGGACGUCAAUGAGGACACAAGAAUGCACCAGCUGGGUGUAGAAUCGCAGGAAAGCAGUCGUUUCUGAGUACGGUGUAGUGGUUGCGUGCCUGCUAGUGCCUGCGUUAAAGCACUUUGCAGCAGUGGAACGUGCAUGAGAAAGAUGAUCGUGUUGAUUUUACAGUUCCAAAACAUUUUUUUUUUAUAGCAGCUUUCAGCCAGUGCAUUUUCGAAAGGCAGAGAUGCUAGCUUGCACUGCAGGCAUUGCUGGCAAACUUACCUGUUCAAUAUUGAAGUGGCCAAUAUUGGACAGUUUUAUUGUAGCAUUCAGCAUCAUGCGUCCUCGUUUUUUUCGUGCAGUUAUGAGAAACCUCUAAAGCUAACUGCGUUAAAACAAACAACUGGUUUCAGAAACAGGUUGCAAGUGAUUUGUUAAUACGCUGUCCCUGCAACAAGGUAAGACCGAGUAAAAGCAAACUUAAUAACAUUACUUGCCAUUGCAAAGAAUAAUUGGUAGCAAUGAUAAAUUAAACUUGGAAUGUGACAUGGUUGGCCCCCUUACGGCCACCAUGUCAUCAGACAAGCUGUGUGAACCACUCAAAGGCCACAACACUAAAUUCAAAAUGAUGCUGUGUGAUGCGUCAAGUUCUUUCCAUUGCAUUCCUUGCAAGUACAAUUGAAUUCAGUGCUCUUCUAUGCUGUAGUAAAACUGUCUGUAGAUAAGCUUGUAGGGAAAGUGCCACUAUUGAGCUCAAGCUUCAUUGCUUUCCGGCACGACUCGUUAGGAGUGAGGGCAGCUCACGUUCAGCAGUACACUUAUUAUAAAACUAAAACACAUCGUGUGAAAUUACUAAGGUGAGGUAGUAAUAGCACUGCCCAUGGUUUUAUAAUACAGUUGAGGCUCGAAUCGGCCAUGCGUUGUAGUGGGCCUCUGGAACAGUCUUCGUUCUUGGUGCUUUUUUCUAUUCCGAAGUCCGCGCGAGGAAGCCAAGCGUAAGCUGGCCUUCCAGCUAGAACACUGCUUCGUUUGCGCUCAAAAUUUGUUAAGAGGUGGUGUAUCGUGGUGCAUUUUGUUUGGUACCCUGCCCUGGUGCAGAACUUGCCUGUUGCUUCCUUCAGAAUAACUCCAGAAGUAUGCAUUGCCUGUCCCCAUUACAGCAAAACGAGGUUGCACACCGUGUCUCGUCCUGAAUUUUACAGGCGCAGUUACUUAAUUACUUUUCUUGCUUCCUUGUCACCACUUUCACAUUUAAUCUUGAACGAAGAAACUCGGGCAAGUACAUGUGAAAUUUAGUUGUUCUUCAUUUAUUAUUCAACUGCUAUACGAAAAUCUUGCUUCCAACGUGGUAUUGGUUAUAAUGAAAGAAAUUUUUUUUUGCAUGGGACUAGUGGUACUAUGCGAGCUGGCAUGAAAAGGUCGCAACGUUCGCAAAACAAAGUUUUAAAUGCGCUUCUCUGUGCAUUUAAGUCAUUAAGUGCGGAAAAUAUGUUUUUGGUCGCUGGUGCCAUUAAUGAAGAGUAGACAAGAGCUUCACUUGGCUUGGCUUGGUUUGUCGAACAGCGGUGUCUUGUCAUUGUUUUAUGUGGAAAUUGCUCGCAUAUUUCUGGAGUACUGUUGCACUUAGUAUCUUUUCUUUUCGUUCUUUAGUGGAUUUGUUGGCAUCAUUCUUUAAUAAUGAAUAUUGGAUGUAACAGUGAAUUUCGAUCUGUACUGAACAAAAUGCACCGAGAAGAAGCUUCCUUUGUGCAAAUCUUGAUUGCAGAGAAGCCAGUGGGUUAUCCGUAAGAGCCCUUUGCACUGGUCUCGUUAACGCGACUAUCAGUAGGUGCAACCUGAUGAGCAGCCAGCAGAACUCCCCCCACACGUGUUCCAGUGUCACGCACAUCAUGGCUCACAGUUGUGCUGCAAACCUUCCUCGAGACACCAGCAAACACUGCUGCUGAACUCUUUUACAAGAGGCCGGGUAGGAAUACAACCCGGCGUGUGGCUCGGACUGUGUAAAUACUAAGGGAAAGAACUGCCCCCAGCGAGGAUCUACUCAAGGCUUAACGUUUCGGCAAAUGGAACGACUGUGGGGGAAAAAAAAAGAAAUCUUAAGGUGAGGCAUUCUACUGCAGCAAGUGUACUGCCAUGGUUCACUAAAGGCUUGCCCGUACCUGCUAAAACAUAUACAAUGAUGACUGUAAUACUAGGCUGGCAUAGACGCUGAUCCUGUAUAGUCGGUGUACUCUGUAAGCAUUGCUUCAAUUACACCUUCGUAAGAACGUUGUUUUUGUUGGGCCACUUUCGGCCGAGCUACGCCGGCGGGCAUUGUCCCAAGCCGGAUUGUGGCAGCUUCAGCAAAGCGCAGUUUUAGUAGCCAACGAGAGGCUCAAUGAAUCGUGUUUCCACAAAUCGAGAAAAAAAAGUGUGUUGGACAAGCAUGUAGCCAAGCACUUCCCCACACCCCCACCCACUUUUUUUUUCUUUUUUAAUUUAACGACGAACCUUGUGCAGUCAAAGGCUUGUCUGUUAAUUCUCUUGGGCCAAGACAGCGAUUGGGAAAAAUUUCGAGCAAAAUAAUCCGAGUGUAUGUGUGUGUGUGUGACUGGUGUGUACAUGUCCGUGGCAUCAAUGACCUUUAAAAAAGUACAAGUGUUGCUCCUCCUCGUAUGUUAUAUAUAUGAGUUGAUAUAAAAUCAUGCAUUUUCAUUAAUACAUUGCAUUGCAUAAGCUUUUUAAAUCAUGACAACUUUGUUUAGACAAAGGAAGAGUAUGCUUUUUAUAUACAUAUAUUAUAGAUUCUUUUUUCAUUUUUUGACAGCUGUAUCAGGACGUGAUCCCAGUAGAAACUAGAUUGUGUUGUUUAUCUUACUUUGUUUGUUUGUGUUGGAGGGAUAUUUUUCAUUGACAUGUACCUCAAUUAUGCUUGUUUCGUCAUUCUUUGUGCCGAUGACCUUUUCUGUUACGAUACUGUACAUGUAUUUAAUUUUGUGUUUUUAAAGACUGCAGUGCCAACUCGAUUUCAACACGGCAGGCAUCGUUCGGAGGCAAGACAAAGCAGCUUGCUCGAGUUAGUUGGUUUGCUUUUCUCCCAGCGCAGGCACACAUUUGAAAACAAAAAAUCUAGGUUUCUCUUGGUUCGUUCUUCGUCCUCUUCAAAACGUGAGUGAGCCAGGAAAAACCUGCGUCUACGGGUAGCGACAAACUUGAUCGCAGUUUUCCUAUUUGUUUUUGAAUUCCGUUUCUCUCUCCUCUUGUGUUCCGUCUUCCUCUCUUCUUCUUCACUCAUCAGUUUUCAAUUGGUCUUUUAGUGUUUGUGUCAUCGCUGCCUUCAGAGAUGGCAUUGGUUUCGUACGGCGGCUUGUCAGCCCCAUUGGCAGAACGAUUCUCGGUGCGGCUUGGAGGCUGAAUUAGUGCGUGUCACUAGAAGACGUCGAGGUGCUUUUCGUCUGUUGACGGCACCAGGUGGAGGCAGAAUGCUAAUGUCACCGAUGUCUGUGGACAUAGGGAUCGCUUGCUCACUCUGGUUCAUAAUUAAUAAGAAAAAAAAAUAUAUAUAUAUAAGUAUAAAGCUGUAGAAUGCACAGGUGUUGCAAUUGAGUUGUUUGUCAUGUGGUGCUGGAAGGCAGCUUUUACAAGAGUGUCCAGGUAUAUGUAGUUGGAUGUUCUGUGUGAAAACGUGAGGUCCUUUGACAGUUCUAAUUGAGCGUCCCCUGUGAACUGGACUUGGAAUUAUUAACAGGACCCCACUUCUGGGACAGCCAUUCAAGGAAAGGAAUUCAUUUUUCGGGGGUACAAAGGAAUUCAAAAAAAAAGGUAAAUGCAGACACACAAAGAAAGGACAUACUUGCCCAUCACUGCCAACAUUCCUGUGUGUACAAACUACCUGUACUUUUUAGUUUUAUGGUGGAGUCAUUGUGUGUGCUACUUAAAACAUCAGCAAAAGAUGGUCGAAAAUUAAAAAAAUAUAUGUAUACUGCUGAAACAGAUGCCCGAGCUCAGCUGCAGCAAGCACCUAAGCAACUCGUGAGGCCAUGACAAAAGCGGCGCUAGAAUGAACUAGGUCAUUAGCCGCACAGGCCGUUGGAGUGUUAAGCCAUAAUCUCAGUUUGAGAAAUUGGCUGCGGUGCGGCUUAAAGGGGGUAAAAAGAAACGGGAAACCUUUAGGUUAAAUGCAUUGUGAAUGCAGAGUGAAAUGUCUCAAAUUCUUGCAUUGCUCCUUGCAUCAUUGCUAUGCUUUGCUCGCAAGACUACUUGGCCAAGGCCCAAUUAGGUUAGGGAUGUUGGACACCACUGGUCUAACUUGCAUUUUCUAAAGGCAUUAACUUACAAUGGUCACAAAGUCCAGUGGUAUGAGAAGACUUGUUGCCGUAGUGCAUCUUCGUCAUUUUAGUGGGCGAGUUAUUAAUGAUUGCAAUUAGUAACGAAACAUGUUGCAGAUGAGGCUUGUCUUGCCUACAGAAGGAAGAUAUAUAGCUGCUGUGCAAGUACAGGAAGUAGAGGUGUGUGUAUGUUAAUGUUGUCGGUUAGUACUGUUUUAGGUAACACGCAUCUUGCAGUCGCUUUUAUUGGGCUGGCUGCUUUUUUUUUUUUUAAGCCAGCAUUUGUUGUCUGUAGGAGCGAAACGUCAGGUAACUUCCCCUUGGCUGUAACACCCCACAUCGCAAGUGCACCUCGACGGAGCAGAGCAGCCGAUAGGGAACAGCUGCUGCAGCGGUAGUGUGCCAGGUGUUGCACGAGGGGAGAGGACAUCGUCGCAAUGCCACGUCGCCCUCGCUUGCUCUCAGAAGCCUGUGUUAUCCUCGCGCCCCUUGUUCCCGCAAGCUCUAACUGCACCUCGGUAAGGCCAAAUCAAAACACACCAAGUAUCUCGACACGUUCACUUGCCCGCGAGAAGUUCUUCAUUCAAACAACCGCUCAGGGGCGUUCAAUUGGACAUUAAUGCUUUUGCAUUCGCAACUAGUAAGAAAUGCUUAGGUGUUCCCAGAUUUUUUUAUUGUUAUCUCGCAAUCAUUCAUUGGUCAACAUUUUGUGAGCUGUAAGUCACCUGCGAGAAGGCCUACCUCAAGCGAAGUCUAUGAGUUGCAUGUUAGUGCGAUGUGGAGACAAACACUUAGCAGAAGGGAAUAAGGCAGAACAUAACGAGCCUGAAGUGUAGCGUACUUUGUUGCAGCUAUUAGCGACUCUUUUGCCGAGUGUUGUGAAAGAUCAAGCGUCUGCUCAACAGGCAGAAACGGCGGUGACCUUCAAGGCUGGAUUGUUCUGUGGCUGGUGCGAUAACUUGUAAUGAGGGGUGGGAAGGUAGUAUGGCUGAUCUGGAUACUUCCUGGAUCUCCUAAUUUGGAGGUUCAUGUGGAUCAGGAAGUAGAUCCAGCCUAAAAAAUGGUGGCUGCGUUUUGGUUGGGAGGCAGAACCAGUAUGUCGCAUGGCCACCUUGUGCCAUUUGUCGUAAUGUGGGAAACAUCAAUUUGGUGCAGGCUCUUUGCAGCUAAUGCUGCAUGGAAGAUUAGUUGCAUUUUAGUCGCCUAAAGCAAGGAAGUCCCACUGGUGCAAAAUGAAGCGAGCGAGCAACCAGAGGUUUUUGUCAGUGAUAAUUGAACAACACAUUUAUCAGAAUAAUUACCAUGGUUACAUGCAUUAAGGCUUGGUAGUUAACUUGUUGAUAGAUGAACACUCAAGAUUAAUUCUUUAAUUGGCAAUAUCUAUGAUAAGCUGCAAAAUCCAUUUAGUUGUUUGCUCAGAAGUAAUUUAAUCUACCUCUUGCCACAGCAUGCAUUGCUCUUUAAAUGGGAGGAGAGUCAGUGAUCUGAACAUUUCGGUAGACGAUAUUGUUGUCGCUCACUUAUGCAGUGCUUAUGCAGCUGGGCUCUAAUGCACUGUUCAGGCAUUUUUCUUCAAUUGUUUUUCUCUCUCUUUAUAGUCAUUCCCUCAAAACUGAACACACCUCAUUUUACUAACUUCCUUUGGCAGUUGAACCGUCUGCAGCCCCCUGUGUACUUCUCUCUGAAUCCAGCACUCUGUCGAAAAGAACCCUCUGUUGUUUCCGAAUGUGCCAAAUGAAACUUUGUUUCCCCUCAACCCCCCCCCCUCUUUUUUUUUUGUUGAUCAUGGCAUCGUCUCUCGAAGCCCGACGGGUAUGCUCAUUGGGCACGCUGUGAAUUAGUAAACGUGGUGGUCGUGCAAUGGGAUGUUGAACCACAGUUCCUAUUUUGCUGGUUUCGCUUCCUCCCCCCCGUGGCCCCGUAUUUCUCCCUUUUUGUGCACGUGUGUGGCCAUCACAUUUGUGUUUAUGUCUCGUGUUAGACAACCGGUAGCACCCUCUUGUGACUGGAGACGGCGUGAUUGUGGCGGUUGGACUUUAUUAUGCAGCUCUUCUUCGCUAGUUGAGAGAGAGAGAAAGAAAAAAGAGUGUGUGAUGCAUGUCCUUACUUGUUUCCAAGCGCUGCUGCACAAGCCAAUGUUUGUCGAUCACUACUUAAGAGAUUGAGCGCGUGGUCUGGAUGAAUGAUUGAAGCGUGUCGUGUUGCAUCUCGUGAUGGGAUGGAAAAGAACCCGAGUCAAGCAUCACGACAGAAGGCAGCCGCUUCUGGUGACUGGAAAGACUUUUGCUCACCGGAUCCUUUUGCGUGCCACGUCUGAGGGUGGUGUCCAGCAUCAAGUGAAGGACUAAAGAGAUGUGGUUGGGAUGUGUUGUUCUCGGUGGGUUUUUCUGGAAGGGGAACGCACUUAGAUGAGCAUACUAGAGUGACAAGUUGGAAACCACUUUGUGUGAGAUUCCAUUCUUUCUUUCCUUUUAUUCUUUUUUUUUUUAAUUCCCUCGGCUUUCAGUGUACAUAUUACAGGCUGAACAGAAAGGUCUGCGGACUACAAAUUAGUCGCCAUCUUCUUGCGGAGAGAGACAGAAAAAAAGUGUUAGAUGUCGGCCUGUUUCUUCCAUGUUGCGGCAGCUCAAGUACAAAUUAUUUCCUGGCUGUAGAUAUGCAUACUGAUGCUCUCUUUGUGCUCUUCAAAGGCAAGUUUUGCAUAAAUCGUUUAGACAGCUCUGGAAGAAAUGGCUUACACGAGUCCCGGCGUCCUUCAUUAUAAUCGGGUCCCUCAGUGGAACCCGUGCCAUGUCGUAAUAGUAAAAUAGUGCAGGUGUUUGUUUUGUGCGCGUGCAUAUAUGUGUGAUUAUAAAGGGGGUGUCCAGGCAACGUGGUGUUCUCUGUUACCUGUCCCUGUGAAUGGUGUCCCGAUGUGUGUUGCUAAACAGAAGCCAAGGGGAGGGCUUGCUCUCUUGCGUUUGCUUUUCUUUUCUUUUUUUUAAAUCUUGUUGGGAAUUGUCGCAACGAUGCGAAUGAAAUCGAAAAGGUAAAACACUUGUAGAUGAAAAACCAGGUUAUGAUAAGUGCCUUUUCCGUUCUUUUGUUGAGAGUAGCGUUCUGCUGGGCAGCGCACUAUUGUGCUCGAAAGGGAAGAAAAAAAAAAAAGCUCUAGGAUGGCUCUGGAGACGCACCAGACACCGCUUCCCAGCACAAGGGAGGAUGGUGAAUAGCCAGACUGAGAAAGGACCUUCUUCAAGGGAGGCUGGUUUGGCACUGCUCCUAGAACACUCGCAGAGCAAAAUGCAUUGUAAUCAUCGCUCUAGAAAUGCAAAAUUUUAUUUUUAAUACUGUAGAUUUUUGUAAGUCUUGUGAUUGACAUCUGUAGAGGCGCGCAUUAUCUUAGGUGAAAGCAUAUAGGUUUGUCUUUGUGUGGGUAGUGUGCUUAACUUGUUUUUUUCUUCCAGUCGUCCCAUCUUGUUGCAUAGAAGUUCUUUUUUUUUUUUUUUUUGAGGCUUUGUCAUUGAAUGGAUAGGGGAUGUACACUAGAAGUGGGAGUUUAGUGCCAUGGAUUCCCAGACACCCAAAGUAAAGUUUACAGCAAAAGGGGCAUCUCUGUGGCUUCGUUUCGGCCUUCCGCCGGCCAACAAGGGCCUCACUAGUGGAGCUGCUUGGGGAUCCAUUUGGCCCAGCUUGCACUUUAUUAUAUAUAGGCCUGUGAACAACUUCCUCGCAUACCUUGCUUUACGCUCAGACAAAUUACAGAGUAAGGCGUUGGCUUGGGCUAGUUGUAUGGGUUCCAUGCUUAAGAACAGCUCGGAAAGCACAGGACAAGUGAGAAGAUUACGCAACCAUGGUGUCAUCUUGUGGCUCGUCUUGGUGUUUUGUGUUGUUUUCCGUAUGGGAUGCGUGCAGUGUUUCCCAAUGGCCAGCCGCUGCUUUGUGUCCCAUUUUGUCAAGUCUGAGGCCAUAUUCUCAAUCAGUCACUUUUGGGGAUAUCACCAUUAUUUGUAUUAAAUGGAGAUCUUGCCCAAGCAUCAUGGAUACCAUCUGGUGGGGGGCUUUGCAUUAACUUAACCACCUGAGGUGCUUGGCGCACAGUCGUAGUUGCAUUCCACCCCGAUCACAAUGCAGCCGACACAACAGGAAUUUGAACGCACGACUCCAUGCUCGGUAGUGGAACCUCACUGAAAGACUGUGACUGGUGGGUGUUCCUUCCGGAGCCCAUUACUUGGUGUGAUGUUACACAAGCAUGAAGGUAUCCCCAGUGGUGAUCACUUAAGAAUAUGUCCCUUGGUUUGUAUGGAAACUGUACGUCGGAGGGGCCUGUUGUUUUAUGAACUCAUCCAUGUCGAGAUGUAUGAAGUGUGGAAGGAGUUGCAAGUUGUGCUUGGCUGUUAAAAGGACAUUUAGUUAGUGCAGGGCAAUCCACAUUCCCACAAUGCAGCAAGGCACACAUUCUCAUUCACCUGUGGUAAACCUGUUGUACUUUGGUGUCUGGUAAUUCCCCUGCACACGAAAUGGUACACCAUGGUAGUGAACGACAACAGCCCACAGCGAGAUGCUUUGUCGUUGCGAGUGGCGAGUUCCGACUUGUAUGCCUAGAGCAGCUUGCUUUGGGAUGCAUGUAAUCUAGCAUAUUGUGACUUAUUUACUGGAUAGAUUCUUUUGUCCUGAAAUCGUAAGAAAGGGCGCCGCUUUUGGCUUUCCCCUCUGUAGUUCUGUCGAGAGUGCGUUUGAGAGUUACUGCAGUGUUUUUUGCCUUGGGCUCUUGGGGUCUGCCUGUGGCAAUGAGUGUUCAGAGCUUUCAACACCUGCCCACGCACGCCUUAAUGGCUGAGGCUUUUCACACUUGAACCUUGGUUUGCCUGGUCGUAGUUGCCAGCGAGGCCAGCCUUGCUGUUGAGAACUGCUUUGGUGGUUGCUGCUGCUGCUGCUUCAACUGUCGAUCAAGUGAAGAGUAGUGCCUCAUCCCGUAAAAUACGAGGAUGGCCCCUCGAGCAUGCGUCUCGAAGUAAACAAAAACCAGAAGGUGCUGCUACAAGCAUACCACAUUGCAGUGUACAGAUUUCACUCAUUUACAUGUGCUCAUUCAUCACAUUUCCCUGUUGUACAUUGCCUCCUACAUCCUUCUUCCUCUCUGGCCUUUCUUUUUUCCUUUCUUUUUUUUGUUGUUGUUGCUGCAUACUGUGUUUACUCUGUUUAAAGACCAAAAUAAUUUGCAUGCUUUGUCUAUUUGCCCGAGCAGAUUUACAAUAAAAAAAAAAAAGAUGACUUAAAGUGA